ACGAUAACAAUGAUGACAAAAAAAAUCUUACUGCUGUAAAAGUAGAAAAGGAAGAUUCUUUCACCACUGGGCAAAAAUUAGCCCUUGCUUUGGGAAUCACCGGAGGAAUAAUUUUGCUUGCCGUAGUAAUUAGUCAAUUAAUCAAGCCUAAAAAAAUAAAAAAUAGUUUAGGUUAUUUAUUGAUAACCCCGCCGGAAAAUUAUCUGUUAGUAGAUGGUCGUUAUAUUACCGCUGCCCAAAAUACCGCCAAAAAUUGUCAAGUUCAACUUUACCAAAGUUUAAACGACCUUAAACAAUUAUGCGAAAAAUUACAAAUUAAACGCCUUGGUUUGGAAAAAGAGUAUAUUACAGUGGAACAAUGA